CCCCCGCCCGCCCGGCGCGGCGGCGUGCUCGCGCGGAGGGGAGCACCGCUGAAAUCCGCUUUUUGCCUUCCCCCCCUCCCUUUCCUUUUUUUCCUCCCCCCCCCCCCCCCUCCCGCAACUGGGGGGUGGUCCUCGCCUCGCCUCCCUCCUUCCCUCCCUCCUGCGCGGGCUGCUCCCUCCCCGUGGGGCGCAGGGAGGCGAGCCCGCCCGCCCGGGAUGCCAUGGCUCCGCCGGGCUCCGCGCUGCCCGCCUGCCUGCUGGGGCUGCUGCUGCUGCUCGGCUGCCACGGAGAUUUUGGCCAUUCCUCCGAACUGGCAUUCGUUGUGGAGCCUAGCGAUGACAUAGCUGUGCAGGAGCAACCCUUGAUCCUCUACUGCCAGGUGGAAGGCAUCCAGCCGAUCACCAUCACAUGGCGGAAAAAUGGCGUCAUGAUCGUGGACAGCGAGAAUGCCUUUAUGUUGGCCAACGGGUCGCUCUAUGUCUCCCGCUUCCAGAGGGUCCGGGGAGAUGGGUCCUCAGAUGAAGGCGAGUAUGAUUGCAUGGCGCAAAACCACUACGGGCUGGUGGUGAGCCGGAAGGCGAAGAUUCAGGCAGCGACAAUGUCUGACUUCCACAUCCAUCCUCAGAAUGCAGUGGUGGAGGAAGGUGGUGUAGCGAGAUUCCAGUGCCAGAUCCACGGCUUGCCUGAGCCGGUCAUCCUCUGGCAAAAGAACCGCAUGCCUGUCAACACAGACAACGAAAGGUACACGCUGCUUCCCAAGGGGGUCCUCCAGAUUACGGGACUGAGGGCAGAAGACAGUGGGAUUUUUCACUGUGUGGCUACCAAUAUUGCUAAUGUGAAGUUCAGCCGGGAGGCCAGACUCACUGUGUCAGGCUCGCACUCCACCGUUUACAAGGACCCCAUGAUUCUCGUUGGUCCAGAGAACCUCACACUGACGGUGCACCAGACCGCUGUGCUGGAGUGCAUUGCAACAGGCAAUCCCCGACCCAUCGUCUCCUGGAGCCGCCUAGAUGGCCGACCAAUUGGUGUGGAGGGGAUCCAGGUACUGGGGACAGGAAAUCUCAUGAUAUCAGACCUCACCGUGCAGCAUUCUGGCAUCUAUGUGUGCGCCGCGAACAAACCCGGCACUCGGGUGCGAAGGACUGCGCAGGGCAGGCUCGUUGUACAAGCCCCCGCAGAGUUUGUGCAGCAUCCCCAGUCCAUUUCCCGGCCCGUGGGGACUACCGCCAUCUUCACGUGUGUGGCCCAAGGGGAACCCCCCCCCCAGAUCACGUGGCUGAGGAAUGGGCAGAUCCUGGAGACCAGUGACCACAUUAAGCUGAAAAAUAACAACAGCACUCUCUCCAUCUACGGGAUCAACCAGGCGGAUGAAGCCAUCUACCAGUGCAUCGCUGAGAACAGCGCCGGCUCCACGCAAGCCAGCGCUCGCCUGACGGUCCUGUGGGCAGAUGGGCUGCCCGGUCCUCCACAGAGUGUGAAGGCUGAGACAGUCUCUGCAACCACCAUCCAGGUGUCUUGGGAAGAGCCUCUGCAGAAUACCAAGGAGAUCAUCGGCUACGUGCUGCACAUUCGGAAAGCUGCAGAUCCUGUAGAGAUGGAGUAUCAGGAGGCUGUUAGCAAGAGCACCUUUCAGCAGCUAGUGACUGAUUUAGAGCCCUCGACCAGCUAUAGCUUUUAUAUAAAGGCUUACACCUCCCGGGGUGCCAGCAAAGCCUCAGAAGUCACAGUGGUGAGCACGCUGGGAGAAGUCCCAGCCAUGCCAUCCCUCUUUAUUAAAGUCAUUAACAGCACCGCUGUCCAGGCUAUGUGGGAGCCCUCCAUCAAACUGGGCCAGCAUGAAGGCUUCAAGCUGUAUUACCGCAAGGUCCACCUCUCCCAGUACACAGGUCCGGUGCUACUGCCCAGCAACGUAACAGCAUACAACAUCACCCACCUGGAUGCGUCAGUCGUGUAUGAAGUCAAGCUCCUCGCCUAUAACCAGCACGGGGAUGGAAAUUCAACUGUCCGCUUCGUGUCCUUGAGGGAAACUGUGGAGAGGACAGUGCUGAAUCCCCCUUGCGACUGCAUGAAGGACGAGCAGAACAAUAAAACCUCCACGACAGGCAUCAUCAUUGGGAUCCACAUCGGUGUCACGUGCAUCAUAUUCUGCGUUCUCUUCCUCAUGUUUGGGUACAGAGGAAGGCUGCUGAUGUGCAAAAACGUGCAGGAGCAGCUGUCAACCCCACAGAUCCCCAGGAGCCAGCGGAGUGCCACAGGCCUCGUCCUGAAUGGGGCCGCUCGCAGGGACAGGGAUGACCGGGACUUGAAUGGAAAGCAGCUGGAUAUGAACGAGCUGGAGAGGUUAUUCCCAGCAUCCCCAGCCCAGGAGCAGCAGGAUAAGGGAAUAACGUCGGCACAUAGCCCACCGGCCACCCACGACGACACCCAGAUAUCCACACUCCCUCUGGAUGAGUUCAGCAUCAUCGAGGAGCAGCCAGACCCCCUCCCAAAAAGCCCCCGCGGUGGCAGCCCCUCUGCUCUGGCUCCCGACCAUGGUCCCGACAAUGAAGGAUAAAACUGCCAAGACUCAAACCCUCUUGUAGGAGUUACCAGAAACCAAACCCACGGCUGGUGAUGUCUUUACAACGAGUCGUCAAUCUCAGGUCAAUUGAAGAUUUCUACGGUCUGAUUGUUAUUUUUUUGUUUUGCUUUAUUUUUAUAUAUAUAUAUAAAUAUAUAUAUAUGUAUACAGCCUUUUGGAAACUCUGUGAAGUUUAUCUUUCUGACCUCUCUCAGGCAUCUCGGUGUGUUUCUUCCGACGAUGGCUUUAUUGAGAUUGGUCAUGAUGAAUUUUCCCUGCAGCUGCUAAGUUAAAGACUCCUUGGCAGAGUUUGGCAAACUCUCCUGUCUCUGACAGACUGGGGAUACAGUGGAGCCUCCUCUUGGCAUCCCAGACUUUUUCCUGAUCAGCAGCUUUAGGACUACUUUUUGGAUCUAUUUUUUAUUUCCAGAAGACUGGAUUCGGAGAAAUCCUUCUAACUUGACUCCAAAAAUCGAGGCCCGGGAAGGCUGUCUCUCCGUGGAUUUGAAGAUUUUGUACACUUUUGCUAUUUCUCAGGAUACUUUUUUUGCUGAUUGACUCUAAAUAAUAUGAAAAAAAGAAAAAAAAAAGAGUGUGUGUGUCAAAGGAUGCCUGCCUGAGGGCUACUGAAAGACUUGGACAGACAACCCGAGAGAACUCAGAACCUACCUCAACCGGAAUGAAUGUCUUCUGGGAAGCAGAAAUACCUGUGUCUUCCUUCACGUUCAAAAAACAAGUAGCAUAGCACUUGGUCAGUACAAGCUUGGUCCUACCUCAGCAGUCACGCUCUGUACCUGCCGCCUUGGUGGUUUUGUUGUUGUCGUUCCCCUGUAAAGCACUUCCAAACCUUUGAAAGCAAUGUUCUACCUCAAGCAUGAUAGAAACUUGUGUGUGUGUGUGUGCGCGCACGCGCGUGUGUGUGUGUGUGUGUCCUCUCCUCUCGCCCAAUUCCUGCCUCUCCCACCCAGCCCUGCACAAACCAAGAUGCUUCACUAGUGUUAUGAGCUUUACUUUUAGGCAUGUAGCGGGGCUCUGGUGUGAUUUUGCGUGGCGGAGAUUUGUAUCGUGGGGGGUUUUUUGACUUUAAAGAUUGUUGGGGCCGUCACAGACACGCGGCUCAAUGCCCUGUGCUUCGCUGGCACUGUUGCUCUUGCAGGGCUGAUUUUGGCACCGGUGGUGGCUGCCUCGGUCCAUCCUGGUUGUAUUCAGGAUGGAACGGGGCGCGCAGGGUGCUUGGAUGCCAGUGCUGGGGCUAGGGCACCCUCCUGCCCCAUCAACAUGCUGCUCCCCGAGGCUGAUUCCCAGCAGGAUGAUUCAUGGCAUGUGCCAGCACGAGAAGCAUAGCACACCCCUGGGAGGUGGGAACCUGGACAUCACUGUCUUGUCCUUUCAAAGCCCACCCUGCCAUGAGGAGCGCCUACAAGGCAACUCUGAUACAGCACUUCCAAAACCCCUUGAGAUAUUACUGACCUGCUCCCAGCUCCAGCGUAUUUCCAGCUAGCAGGAGAUCAUCCAAAGGAUGAGCUGAGCCGAAAUGGGCUCGCUUCCCUGGGAGGGACGAGGCGAGGAGGGCUCCUGGGCAGUGAUGCAGAGCGGGGCCCUGUGCCGGAGGAUGCUGGGGGCUGCCGGCAGCUGCCCCUUCCCCGUGCCCAGGGUGGGCAGAGGAGCUCCCGACACCAAAGAGAGGGUUUGUGCAUGACCCCCCCCUCCAGGGACCAACCACCAAUCUUCCACCAUGGUUUUUGGAUUGUCCUGGCGUGGUGCAGCUUGUGAGUCAGUGUGUGACCGGCAUCGUCCGUGAGGUGAGAUGGGGGCACGGAUGGGGGACAGGGACGUUGGCCAGCCAGUGCCGGAGGGCAGCCCUUUUUCCCGCCACAUGGAUUGUUUAAAACUGGGUGAAUGUGAAGGUUUGAACUCUUUGUAUAGGUGGUGGUAGAUCAAACAUCACUGUAUUUGCAAGGACAAGUGAAAGGAAUCAGGAAAGGAAAUGAGUUUAAGUUUAAAAAAAGUAAUAAUUUUAUUUUUUUAAGUGGUACCAGUGGGAGAGUCCCUUCUGUCAGAAACAUCCCCCAUCACCUUCCCAUUUGGCAAUGGGAUGCUACCGAUAAUUGUGUAAAUAAUACAAUAUACAGGACGAUAAGGCAAAUAUCUCUUCCCCUGUGCUCUGUCAUGGUGCUGGGCUGGGUUAGCUGUGAGCAGGACUCUGCCAUUCCAAAUCAAAUCAUCUAGCUUGGCCCAAGCAGAUGUAAUGGCAUUGACCUCGAGAGCAAGGAGCUCUUGAGGCUUGGUGUUCGUAGCCCUCUCCCAUUAAAAUUCCUCCUCCUGUAGACAUCUUGCAGGACAGAAAAAAUGUGAAGGGUUAACCUUACAUAUUAAACCACCAAAUAGCCUCUCCCCACUCCACCAAAGAGGCUAAAUGGGCCGUCAGACCAAUUCCUGCUCAAACCUACCGUGGGGGGAUGCUCCCUUCCGCACGAUGCUGGACCUGGAGACACCCUGGGAAGGGACUGUGGGGGGACAGCGCUGGUGGCACCAUGCAAGACUGGUAGCACAGCCCAGCCCAUCGUGGGAGCCGGAGGAUGCCGGGGCUUGAAAGCGGCAGGAGGGAGGAGGAGAUGGCAAACAGCUCAAGUUAUAACCUCAUAUCAAAGAAAUCCCAAUCUCCUCCUGCCAUCCUGCUCCUGUUCCAGCCCAGCUUUUCUUUUUAUUGUGGUUUUUUUGUGUGUGUAACGCUGACGUUCACAUUGAAUAAGUACUGUUGCCAAAGUGAACACAGAAUUUAGACUAGCUUUCAGCUCAGACUUCCUGGAGCUGUGAACAUGCUAUUAAUUUAAUAUCAUAUUAUUGUGAUAUUGUAAUAGUAACAAGUAUUUGUCACUACUUCCUUUUAUUAAAGGGAAAUGCUGUGCCAUUUGACUAGUUGAAAUACAAUAGUAUGUCAAGAAUAGAGCUUUUCCUUUUUUUUUUUUUUAAUUAUGCAGAAAUGUGAUGGCUUAAACCAAUGCAGACUAUGUGUUGGUUUGAGACAGUUGAAGAUGGAUGUAAAUCUUUAAAGACUAUUUUUUAGAUGUUUAGCUUUUCCUCUUUUUUGGGGUUUCUUUUCUGCUCUUGUCAAUCUGUACUGUUGGGACCUAACGUAGAUGGUUGUGGCACGUCAGCCUCCUAAGUCUGGAGAUCCAGCAGGAGGACAUGGUCUUCCCUGAGUUACCCAAACCUCCCGAGUCCACAAAACUGGGCAAAAAAACCUUGAAAUGGCACAUUCUGGCUUUGUGCUGUGGAGUACCUCUAGCUGCCACUUAGCUGGAGAAGCAACAAGUAACAGCCCCUCCUGCCAUUCAUCGACGCUUGAGCCGGGCUGGAGGCAAGACUGUGCCGACCAAAACUUGGGAAAACACCACCUGGAGUAUGUCUGGCCUUUAAUCUGUAAAACAAGAAGGAAAAAAGAACAAAAAAAAGAGCUUGUGUUUGGUUUCAGCGUGGGGCACAGCUUCCAGUCUGUCCUUGGUUCAUCCAAACUGCUGCCCUGUGUUUGAAGGAAACCACUGGAUUUUUAUUCUGUGCUUGGGCCGCAGUUCUACUUGGGUAGAGAAGUUGUACUUGGGUAGACAUGUUGUACUCGGGUAGACACGCUGUACUUGGGUAGACACGUUGUACUUGGGUAGACGUAGGACUGCAGGUCCCCAUGUGGUGCUGGUGGUUUGGAUUCACUUUUACAGGUGUCAAAAAUGCUCCUCCCAGGUAUUCUGUGUGGAUAUACCUGUUUUCAUGGAAUCAGAGGCUUCUUCAAAGGAAUCACCUUCAGGCUUGGGCCUGACUGUUGGUUGAACAGGAGCAUUGCUGCUCUGGGAGCGUGUCCCUGUGCCACUGGCAGCCGUUGUGGCAGUGUCCCAGGAGGGGUGAGUCCUCCUGAGCCUUGAGGCGAAGCUCUGCUGCGUCCACAGUACAAACCCACUGGCCACCAAAACCACCAACUGGGGCCAGAAAUGGGACAGGGUGUGCGGACGUGGGGCUAUGCCAUAACAAAGGGGUCUGGGCAUCGUUUUAUCUACCUGGACCAGAGGGCUGAACCAGCCGGACUGUCCCAGGCGUUGUUACCGGUGCCUUGCACCCGUCCUCGCCUGCCUGCCAGAGAUCAGCUAAAGGCAGGUGCUCCACUUGUCCUGAUAAUUCAUUUAUACACCUCAAACAUUUAAGCAACAGCUUGCCAGAUUUCUUUCUUCUUUUAUUUCCCGCCCUUUUCUUGAUGGGAGGAAUUAGAGAGUUUUCUUCUGGAGAUAAAACUGCUGGAUAACGGGCAGGUGUUGGAUCUGGUGCAAGCCACUGGCAAGCGCCUGUGUUUGGGGCAGGAAUCUCAUCCUUUAGUAUUUUUCCAAGCAAAUGAUUCCACUAAUUCAACUCGCUGCCUUUUCUGGGCAGAUCCCAAAAACCUCUUGCUUUUCUGGCUGUGGUGAGAUGAAAUUACAGCAAGGAAUAAAGUAUCCAAAAGCUGAUUUUUUUUUUUUUAAAUUUUUUUUUUUUUAGUAACCCAUAAUGGGCACAACCUAUUCUUGGAGCUCUCAAGUUUACCAGAGAUGGCUGCUACCUCAGGGAUAGUAUCCACAUUGUCUUUAGUUGAACAGGGAAUAGUUUUAUGCUGUGACAGGGUAUUUUCACGCUGUUGGAUUCAGGUAUUUAUUUGUCUACCGUAUCUUUCUUCUUCCUUGUUUUGUAAAGAUGCUGAUAUAUUUAAGUGCUGGACCAGUUUGGGAAUUUUAAAGCUUCCACCCAAAAUUAUACCAAGGGACUGUAUGUUUUAAGUUGGCAAUAGAAGAGGAGAGAAGCUACAAAGCUUUGUUGCUUCUGGAUGGUGAAGGGAAGGUUUUUGCUGCCCAUGGGGGUGUUCCUCUGGGAUAACCAUCCCACGGCAUUUCGGGGGGGGGGGGGGUCAGUGCAGUGUCUGAGCCCUCUCUGAGCUGACUGACAGCACUUAAGUCUGGGAAGAUCGGUUAAAAAAAAGGAAAUUAAAAGCUUAUGAAAACAAACAGCAGCAGUGCGGGAGGAGCUACUUAGUUACUUCAUCUGUGCAAACAGUAUUUGGAAAUCUAUCCCUCCCCAUGCUGCACCACUGAAGGCAGAUUAAAGAUCCUAUCUAGCAACUUGAUGCCUGAUCAUUUAUUUCCCUCACCCAGCAAAUUAAAAAAAGGGAAAGGAAAGGAAAGGUGCUUGGGCUGGAGCUGCAGGCAGGGAGAUGGUUACGUGGGAAGCACCAGCAUCCCCAGCCGAAAACACUGCUGGUGCGGGGCCACGGCACUGAAACCCACCAUAAUGCUGGAAAUCAGUGAAACAGAUCCAGGUUUCCGAGAGCAGAGUCUGAGCUUCAGCAUCGGGUAACAAGAAGGGACGGGGCUGGUGCAAAGCCCAUCGAGUUGGGAAAAAAGCCUGAUUUCAUGGGGCUUUGGAUCAGGGUCUUACUUACAAGGCAAAGAGGGAUUUUUACUUUGAUCCUAUUUCCAUCAUUUAAACUUGCAAUAUCUUUACGUUUGUAAUAAAGUAAUAAUAAAGACGAUGCUAAACCUUUGUCCCAGUCCUCUUCGGGAAUCAACUGUUAAGAAUAAUAUUAAAAACCCAAAUUGCAAAGCACUUUUCUACUGUUUAUUUUCUACCUUUCUUACUUUGAACUGUCUUGAUAUUUGAAAUCCCACUGAUCCUACGAUUGUUAGCUCUGUAUAAAAAAAAAUUAUAAAAUAAAACCCAGUUUUUUUGUAGUUUGCUCUGUUUAGAUUUUAGCCUGUGGCUACUUGUACAAGAAAAAUAAAGCUAGAAUAAA